AUGGCGGAUGACGCUCCAGCAGCAGAUGUGCCCCAGUUUGCCUUCAAGAAGCGCAAGGGAAAGGCCAACCUCCGCAAAAAACCCGCCACGCCACCACCGGCAUCAGACUCCGGCUCCGACUUCACUUCCGACGACGACGAGGAGGGCCGGCGAAUUAAACGGCGGCGCAACAAUGUCGCCGUCACAGCGUCGUCAGCGUCAAAUGUGAUCAGGCGCCCCGAAGAAGUGAAAGCUGCAGCACCCGCCCCAUUGACCACCAGCAACGAUGCGACCAAAUCUGCCCAGUGGUACGACGAAAACCUCAACGAAAAAGACCUUCUCGGCACUACACGGGCCCAGCCUGCUGUGGCAGACGCAGAUGGAAAAUACAAGGGUGCGGCCAACUACCAGUCGUUCAUCCAGAAGAAUCCCGAUGCGCCGUCCAGAUUCGGCCCUAUAAAAGCACCCACAAACGUUCGCACGGUCACGGUCACCGACUUUGCCCCCGAUGUAUGUAAGGAUUGGAAGCAAACCGGAUAUUGUGGCUUUGGUGAUUCCUGUAAAUUCUUGCACAGUCGUGAAAGCUACAAACAAGGCUGGGAGUUGGAUCGCGAUUGGGAAAUCAACACGAAGGGCAAAACAUUAAAUGGACGGGUGGUCUCUCAGCGCAAAGGCGCGGGCAAGGCCACAGAAGAGGAGGACGAUGAGGAUGAUGAGCUACUGGAAAGCAUUCCUUUCGCUUGCGUCAUUUGCAAAAACCCUUACCGAGAGCCUAUCGUCACCAAAUGCGGGCAUUACUUCUGCGAAUCCUGUGCGCUGCAGCGCUAUCGCAAGACCCCUACCUGUGCCAUCUGUGGCGAGGGGACUGGCGGUGUUUUCAACGUCGCCAAGAAACUGAGCACGUUGUUGGACAAGAAGCGAGAGCGAGCCCGUAAGAUUCGCGAAGAGGCGAUUGCGAAUGGGGAGGAAGUCAGUGACGAGGAAGAAGAUUAG